AUGUCCUCUCCGUCGCCAGAUGCCCAGGUGCUUGCAACAGCCGCCCUUCAUCUAACGGCCGGAAAGUACUUCCAGAUUGCUGCAUUUGUAAUGCUGGUGUAUGAUCAAAUCCUUACGUUUCCAGAUGAAGUUGUAGAAAGAAUCUGGAAGCAGAAUUGGUCCGGGGCGACGAUUUUAUUCCUCAUAAAUCGUUACGUCACUCCUCUACAAUUUAUCGUUGGUAUCGAUGCAUUCCAGGAUCCUAUAUGGACCAAAUCGGCGUAA